UUCGCUAAAAAUACAACAGUAACUUAUUGCUUAGAAGAUAGCGAAUAUCCCGGGUAUGAAAUUCAGAAUGCGAUUUAUAAAUAUUAUCAAGAAUUUCAACCACUUUAUGCGGAAGUUACUCAGAAUACUGGAAAUUCGGUGGAUAACUUGAAAAGUUUAGAAGAAGAGACGUAUCUUUGCCCCUCUACAACAUUAUACGCUCGACCUCUGAGAGCUAAAGAUGUAGAUGGUAAAUGGAAAAUCAUUGUUAACGUUGAGAAAUAUUAUCAAACUACAAGGAUUGAGAGUUGUAUGAAAGCCAAUGACCCUUGCCCACUUGUACCAACUUGUUAUAGUUCUUCUUGUGUGCAAAAAUCGAUUUAUCAUCGUUUCGUCAUAUAUGAUCCUUACGAUUAUUAUGGAAACCCCUUUAGGAUCGAUAUCUUCCGCUUAGAUGCAUCCUGCUCUUGUUACGUUGGUGCUUAUACUUGGUAA